UGUAUCUCUUCACCAUAGAAUUCUUAGACAAAUAAGAUUAAUAUAAAUUUUGCCAUUCCACCUACUAAGUUAAACUACUGUAAUUUUCUCGCACCCAUCGAAAAAUUCUUCGCCGCAACUCAUAAUGAAAGCAUCUAUGAACACUCUGGUUUUCAGUAUAAAUCCGUAAAAACUCGAAUGAAUGGCAUCGCACUAUCUGGUCUUCGCAGCUACAGCCGUCUUAGUUUUAUAUUUUUAAAAGAGGAAAUCAACGUUCUAAAUGACAUGAAGAAUGACAAUAGUAUUGUUGUCAUGAAACCUGACAAGGGCAAUGACGUUGUCAUCCUUGAUAAAACCGACUACAAUAACAAAAUUUCAGAAAUCCUCUCCGAUUCCUCAAAAUUUGAACUCAUAAACGAAGACCCUGUGAAAGUCACCCUACAACGUGAAACCCAGGUGAAAUCAUUACUCAAACAACCCAAGAAAACGAAAUCAAUUGAUGAACAAACUUACAAUAAACUCUAUCCGACUGGCUCACGCAUAGGAACUCCUCCAACCACCCUGCUUCGCCAGACGAUUUUAAAAUCAUCUCAUCCUGCUCCGACACAUUCGACCUCAUGAUCCACGAAAGCCUCCUUAUCUCCAAACUAAAACCUUCACUUAACACCCAAGGCAGCUCCAUCCCUCUUAAGCUUUUCUAGUCUCAACACCUCACUCUAACUAUACAUCACAUCACACCUACACAUUCACAGUAACCUGAUACCUCAAACUAUGUAAAUAGCACUAAAUAUAUCUAUAUUCCUGUUAACUUCCUAAUUAGUCUGAAGAUGUCUUGAGUAAAGACGAAACGUCACUCUUUUAAUACAUUUCAUAAGACCAAAUUGUUUAUGACUAUGUUUAAAAUUAUUUGUUGGGCUCUAAUAUUUAUAUUGAGAAUCCGUUUCCCGCCUGGCACCUCAUUGGCAACAAUAUAAAUAAGAUUUAUUAUUUAUUUACUAGGAGUUACUUAUGCAAGGUAGUUGCUGCCUCUUGCGCUAAGUUUGCUAAAAUUUUAUCAUUUUAAGUGUUUUUUCAUUGUAUCAAGUCUACUAUUUUAUUGCUUUAAUGUAAGAUUAAUUACUGGGUCAUGUCACUAGGCAGUGAAUACAACUUUAAUCGAGAGAAAGAAAUGAAGCACACAAGUCUUUAUAAAUUACUUGUAGUACUAUUUUUAAUUUAUCCUUUUAACUUUUGUGAACAUUUUGUACAUUUUAAAUUAUACUUUUUUUCACAAAAUCAUUCCUCAUUUCUAGAAUAAAAAAUGGCUUCACUACCUGAAAAAUUAAAGUUUGAGGAAAAUUUUACUCGUAUGAGUAAACUUAUAAUCAAUAAAAAAACCCAAGCCUUAAAAACAACAUUUCAACUCAUUAUAAGCCAUCAAUCAUCAAACUUAAAAGAUAAACUUAAUGAUCAUGUUAACAGAAAUAAAUUAGAAUCAUUAAGAAAGAAUAAAGUCAUCAGCAAGGAGCAAUGGAACCUUCUUUACCGAUCAAAUGGCUCGCCUGACAUUAAAACCUUUGAUAUUUCAUUAUUGACUGUCUUAUUGCGUAGCAUAUGUGGUCUAACAGCGCCACAUAGUGGAUGGAAUAAUCUUCCUUCCUCUUCAGAUACCUCAAUCUCAGCAAACAUUGCAAGAAUAAAGCUUUA